AUGACGGACGCAUCAGCUAAGUAUAAUAUUAAAGUGUUCUGCCGCUUUCGACCUAUAAUUCAGACAGAGACCAGCUCAUGCAACAAGGACACGGCUACAUUUCCAAAGGACAACACUGUCAUCAUCGAGGGAAAAUCAUAUGUGUUUGAUGGUGUAUUUCCUCCUGAGACCUAUCAGGAGCAGGUGUACAACACCUGUGCAAAACAGAUCGUCAAAGAUGUGCUGGAAGGUUGCAAUGGAACGAUCUUUGCCUAUGGACAAACCUCUUCUGGCAAGACAUACAGCAUGGAGGGCAACCUCAAUGACUUGCAGCACAUGGGCAUUAUUCCACGCAUUGCAAAGGACAUCUUUAAUCAUGUGAAUGACAACCUGGAAUUCCAUAUCAAGGUGUCAUACUUUGAGAUCUACAUGGAGAAAAUCAAUGAUCUUCUAGAUGUCACAAAGACCAAUCUGUGCGUGCAUGAAGAUGAGAACCACGUCCCUUAUGUAAAGGGCUGCACUGAACGGUUUGUGUCCAGUCCUGAGGAAAUCACUAAUAUCAUUAAUGAAGGAAAGUCCAAACGGCAUGUUGCUGGCACCAAUAUGAAUGAGUACAGCUCUCGCAGCCAUAGCAUUUUCCAGAUCGUCAUUUCGCAGGAGCAUGGGGAGCAUAAACUCUCUGGGAAACUCUGCCUGGUGGAUCUGGCUGGCAGUGAGAAGGUCAGUAAGACAGGUGCAGUUGGAAAUGUUCUGGAUGAAGCUAAAAACAUUAAUAAGUCUCUGUCUGCUCUCUGCAAUGUUGUCUCUGCUCUCACUGGACAAACUAAAACUCACAUACCGUACCGUGACAGUAAGCUGACCAGAGUUCUACAGUAUUGUCUGGGAGGAAACUGCCGGACAACCAUAUUAAUCUGCUGCUCCCCCAGCAGCCUCAACAAAAGCGAGACCAUGUACACUCUCAAGUUUGGACAGCGUGCAAAGAGAAUAAAAAAUACAGCCUUUAUUAACCACAAGAUGACGUCUAAUGAGUGGCAAAGGAAAUAUGAGAAAGAGAAGGAGAAGAACAAUAUUUUGGAGAACAAAAUCCAGACACUGGAGAUGGAGCGGAGAAACUGGCACAAUGGAACAAACAGUCCUGAAUGCAAAAUUGGGGAGUCCAGGAGAAAGGCUCUGUUCUUCUCCUUUAGCACAGACAGGUUAAGCCACAAAUGCUGCUCCGUGGCAACCAUGGCAGCAAGUGAGUGGCCGAUGGAGCAGACCGCCUGCUUGGUGGCGUGGAGGGCAAAAUCUGUGGUGUGGUCUCUGGGACAGUCUCUCACCUCUGUCGUGGUCCCUCAACAGGUCAGCUUGUUGUUGGAGUCCAUGUUGGGUAACAGUGAUACAAUGCUGACACAACUGGGCCACCUGCAGACUGAGAGUGAGAGUACCAAAACUGAAGUGCAGAAAUUUCUGCAGGCACUAGAGGAACUGAUGGUCAGCUAUGACCAGAAAAAUCAGAAUGGGGAGGAAAACAGCCUCAUCAAUAACAAACAGCUCACUGAGCAGCUUAGAAAUAAGAUGGCAAGUCUGAUGGACCUGGAGGUGGAGUUUGCUCAAAUUCAUGAAGUGAUCUCACAACAGAGAAAGCACAUUUCUGACAUGUUGAACAGGCAGAUGAAGGACCUCAACAAGUUCAACACCAUUCUCGUCAAUGGAGAAAUCACUCUAAUGGAGGAGAUGAGUGGUGUGAUUGAGAAGUUGACUGUGGUGCAACAGAACAAUCAUAAGAUAGAGUCAGAGGUUAAGUCAAUGGUAGAGCACUGCGGACAGCAGGAGAACAUGCAGUUGGAGUGUAAUAACAACAUGGAGGAAACCAGACAAAAUCUGCCCUCCUGCGCCCUCCUGCUUUCACAGCAUGAGGCAGAAAUUAGAUCUCUUUCACAACUCAUUCAGAACAUGGAGCAGAAGAUAAGACAGCUGGAAGUCAGUUAUGAUGUUCUCAGGGAAAUUUACAUGCUGCAGAACUCAGGUCCAAUAAUGAUCAGUGAGGGAAUCCGGGUAUCUAAUCAGUCUUCAAAUGCCAUCAGAGCUGCUGAACAGGAGAAAGAAAAGUUUGACCAUCAAGUGAAGAUGUACUCAAGAAAAGUAUCUCUUUGCCUAGCAUUAAUCACUACCAAACAAAAUGACAUUAAGCAGACCAAUGAUGCACUGAAGAAGAUUGAUGAAGGGAUUGAACAGCUUCUAGAAGUCAUAGCUGACAUUCAGGAUAUUGUCAGGGAAGCUGUGAAUGAUCUUUGCUGCAGUUUUAGUGCACUGGAGCAGCUAACUCAAGGUUCCACCCUCUGGGAGCCUGUGAUAGAAGCCAUGAAAAAUUUGAUGAAUGUGGGAAAAAAACUGCUUUUACCUUUCUCCGUGUAA